UUCAUCCCUCAUAUAAUUUGCCGUCCCCCUCGCUAUCCGUCUCUCAACAAAGUCAAAGGUACGACGAGGACGUUCUAAAAAGCCUGACUUUCCCCGAGAUCACCUCCCUCCCGUACGGCGAAUGCCACCCCGUCGACGCAAACCACCUCGCGCAGGCGCACUUACCGAACUACCUCCUUUGAAGAUCGUCCGCUCCAUUGUGUUACUCCAGGCGUUCUACUACUUACUCGCCUUAAUAUUAAUACUCUUCACAACCCUGGUCCUGGGCCAAAAGUUCUCCAUUGGUCUGAUCUUUGACUGGAGAAGUGUCCGCGGCGACAAUACCAUCGGCUGGACCGUUGGUGUUCUCUGGGUUUUGGUCGGUUUCAUCACUGUUAUCCCAAUCCUACUCCUCGUCUCCCGAUCCAAACUCGUUCCCGAUUUCGCCUUGACCAUCCACUUUCUUCAUUUACUCAUUACCUCCCUCUACACUCACUCCAUUCCCUCGAAUCUUCUCUGGUGGGGUCUCGAGGCACUCAGCGCAUUUCUCAUGGUUAGCUUGGGCGUCUGGGCUUGUCGAUAUCGUGAGAUGCAGCCCAUAUCAUUUGGUGCUCCUGGACCGAAGACAGCAAAGGCCACGGACACACCAAAUGGGUCCGCGGACCCAGAAGGUUACGUCCGUGGCGGUCAGGGAUCUGGAAGAAAUCUGGAUUCUGGGCCGAGUUAUGAAAUGGUCAAUGUUACCAGGGGUGACGACAACGUAUGAACCUCAUGCAAGCGAAGUCCCUAAAAUUGCCCCUACAGUCAUUGUGAUACUACAUUUCGGCCUGUCUUCAUUAUCAGCGAUGUGAGAGAUCCCGGAUCAAUGGGGCCACAUCUGUUACCAGUACACGGGGCCUCCCAGCCCCAUCACGCGGAGCAAUUCCAGGCAGAGAAGAUGAAUCUGAAAAGGAAAACAGUCUCGCAUUUGCGGCGCAAACAAAGAAUGACGGCUCAGGAUACUAGCACAGGUGCCCAGAAGAGCAGAAAGGUUACUUUUUAUGACUCUUGGUCACCAUUUCAGGUGCUCUCAACCUCGGAUAAAAUCUGUGGCAGUUCGAACAUCUCAUAACUAUCCUGCACACUCCGCUCUUUUGGUUCCCAGCCCAGCUGUCUCAGCCUGACUGCACGACUUCUGCUGUUCAACCCAAUGGUCGCUCCAGUAUACUCUCUUCCGAAAAGAUCAUCAUAGUCACUCUCCGGAAUGGUCUUUGGCUCCGAACUCUCAACUUUUCCAGCUUUCGCGAGACCUUGUCCGAUCAUUGUUGCAAUGGCCUUCCAUGAGGUAUCACAUCCGUUUUCACAAAAAUAAUAAGGGUUGUCGAGAAACUCGUCGGGUGCACUGGCCUCCAUAUGGUGCAAUAAUACAAUGUAUGCUCUGGCCAGAUCCAACACAUGGAUUUGUGAUUCAACACUCAAGCCUGGGCCUACAUGGCCAGCAUAGCCGUGCUUCAGGGCAAACCGGGUCAACGUGGGGAUCUGAAUGGACAGUCGGCGAUGGACUGGAUUGAAUCCAUAUAUGAGUGGUGGGAUCAUGAUAGCGAUCUUCGCUUUGUCACCUAUUUCCCUCUGGGCUCGCACAAUGGUCAAAUCGAUAGGACGAUGCGGCGCGUCAUCUGCAACGGAAUCGACCUCGGCGCGAUUAUCGUCGUGGUAGAUCUUGUCGGACUCGAAAGCGCCAUUGGAGUCAUCGUUCAACACGCCAGUGCCUGAAGUGUGAAUGAAUAUUGUCGACUUGCCUUGGCCAGCUCGUUCGCGAAUUCCAUCGAGAACAGCUUCGACACUGGGGAGAUGGUCGGCUGUUGCGGUAUGGAAGAUGAUGUCAUGUUGGAGAGUCUGGUUCUUGAUGGUUGUUCGGUCAUCAAGGUUCGAAACAACAAAGGUUGCGCCAGAGAGUUGGAUCUGUUGACCAUGGGCCACUCGUCGAACCAAGCCUGUUACCUUGUAAUUCUCGGAUAUCAGACGGUCCAGGACAUUCCAGCCAAUAAAACCUGGCCCAAUGAUCAAGACUGAUUUUCCUGACGACAUGGCAGUAUCAUCCGAGCACUGAGUUACAGGAUCCUUCUGAACGGUCACUAAUGGGUUUACUCUGGUUGGGAAGCGCUUCUUUUGACCGUGAAGGUAUAAGGCGCGCGACAAUAUUUGAAUAGAUCAACAGAUGACAAAUCCAUGACGUCAAAUUUGGAGAUAGAAGAUGGGUUUUAUAAGCCAGAGCCUACUUGAUCAUAUCUACUACUUAAUGAUAUCCAGCAUCUAGGCCCAUGUGUAUACUCUUCUAUGUCUGUACGGCCUUAGGAUGUAUUUCUAGAUAAGUAGGAGCUGGAGAGUUUGGACUUCAACUGACAAGAGGGGGACAUUUCGGGUGAUCUGAUGUAAU